AUGGAGCUGAACAUCUUGUUAUAUUUGACUGUCUCUACCGAAUAUGUUAUGUCUCUACCGAAUAUGGAGCUGAAUAUCUCUACCAAAUCUUCAGUCGUAAAUGCUACACCAGACAGUCUUGUUGUUCAUGAGAUUGAAGCUCAAGUCUCAACAUCAUCUGACAAAGAUGAGCCUUCUAAUAUUCCCACUGUCCACAACCAAGAAACGUUACCUUCACCGGAUAACACUACUUUGAAUGAGGGGGAAUCAAAUGUGGAAGGUAUGGAAAACAACAGGUUUGCUUUAUUGGAAUUAAGUGAUGCUUCCGAAAGGGAUUUGGUUCAAGACGUGGAGAGAUCUCGUGGUGGAAGACCACUCAAAGCAACACAAAAAUUUCAAGAUAUGCAAUGGACAAUAGUUGGAGGUCGUGGUAAUCGUGGCCGUGGAGGUCGAGGUGGCAGAGGACUCUCCAACUAG